GUUUUCCCCCCCAAACAUGAGUCGACUCGACAAAUUUUCCUUUCUUUUUCAACGUAGUACGCGGGGCAUUCGUGCCUUUACAUUGCGUUGGGGGGUGAAUUUAUAGUUAUUGUUAGUUAUAGCUGUGCUUGCGAAGUGUUGUAUUCAAUACGUACUUCCCCACCUUUACGAGCUUCCUGUUCGGUCAGUGAUGUCCAGCACAUUUCAUUCAUUGUGGCUAACGCUAGCUUCGGAUUGGUCAAAGACCGCCUGAACAGAAUUUGGCCGACGUGCUUAACGUAUUUUACGUUUUUUACCACUAUUCACUACAUUACACGAAACACCAUAAUGUACUGUUUCUAUACGUUUUUUAUUUUCAGAGAAAAGGGUUGCUCGUGGUGAAAGUUAACUAGUAAGUCAAAUGAAAACUGCUGCAUUUAUUUAUGGUACGCUCUAAAUUGUAACUUCCAACUGCUUAACUACCAUGGAUUAUGAACAUAAGGCGAAUGUGGUGGCUGAAUGUUUGCAGAGCUACAGGAACGAUGAAUCCGGAUGGAAAGUCUGCAAAAAAUCGAAUGACGUCAUUGUGUCAUGGCGACCUUCGUCCGAGUUCCCAGGGAAUGUCUAUAAAGGGGAUGGAGUUAUAAAUGACACCCUAGAGAAUGUAUGGGAGUGUCUGAAACCGGUACCAAAAGGGCUCAGAGUCAAGUGGGACAAUAAUGUGAAGAAGUUUGAACUUUUGGAACAAAUCACAGAGGACAUCUCCGUCUGCCGAACAGUCACACCCUCAGCAGCUAUGGGUAUCAUAGCGCCUCGAGACUUUGUUGAUGUCAUUUUAAUUAGGCAAUAUGAAGACGGCACAAUUUCAUCGAAUGCCACUAACGUGAGUCAUCGGGGCUGUCCUGUUCAGUCAGGUUACGUGAGAGGGUUCAAUCAUCCGUGCGGCUGCAUCUGUGUCCCCAUGUCAGCAGAGCCCAACAAAACCCAAGUCCUCACUUUCUUCCAGACGGACCUUGGUGGCUUACUCCCUCGCUCUGUGGUCGACUCCUUUUUCCCUUCCAGCAUGACAGAGUUUUACAGCAAUCUGACCAAGGCUGUUAAAUCACUCAAAAACAUUUGAAUUUUCAUCCAUUUUGUAUAUCUCUUGUCACCAUUAGGGUGACGGACGGGUGAGCUAGAGGCUAUUGGCCGCUGUCAUGCAAGGCUUGUUUGUACCAUUGAUUGAUAGCCCGUCAAUUGCAGGGAUCAUACUGUACAAAACACGCAUUCACACUUACAUUCACACCCAUGGACAAAUAAGGCUUCUAAUGUCUAAUUGAACUCAAAAAGAAUUGGAAGGCAUAGGUCAAUUUCUUUGCAUUCGUUGUAUACUAAAGACAUUUGGCUCUCGGAUGAAAAGAUGAAUAUGAGUCACAGGUUUAGAAGUUCAUUUUUUAUUUCAUCGUAUUUACAGGUACAUCUAGAUGUGUUAACACAGUGGUC